GGGCAGCUCUUACUGAUAUUUAAUGCAUUAAGAUUUCCUCCUCUCUCUCUUUCUUUCGCUCCUCUUCACUGAUCUGCUCAGGGCUUUACCUUGAAAAAUUAUUUCUUCAUUAUUUAAUAUAACCACACAGUGCCUCUCAAAAAUAUUCUGACUCUUCUCCAAUUUUCUGUUUUUACUGAAUUAUAUAUACUGAAAUAUUUAUAUAUUUUUUCAGAGCACUAAAUUGAACGGCAAAUUUAGUUUGAAAAUAUUCUUAAAUGUUCUUAAUUAUUUAAUUUCUUAAAUUAUUUUUUAUCUUUUUGAAAACUUUAGUAGCAAUGACCGUUACAUUUUGAGAAAAGUGUAUAGUUACGUUUAGAUGUUUGAUAGCUGCUUGAACAAUAUUGGAUUGAAAAUCCAGAAUCGUGCACCUCUAAUUUUUUCUAACAGUGCCAAUGAAUGAGCUGUAGUUCAGUAAAAUGACAGAAUUGCUAAUAGAGAGUUUUUAUUUUUGCAAGGCACUUUUGUUAAAUUCACUGUAAUGACAAGAAAUAAAUCCGUUCUUCUAAUAAAGCUCACAACAUUGCACAUGUUAACUCCGUUGCAUGGUUUUGGGGAACAUUGUGUUUAGAGUAGUACUGAAGUGGCUUAAAGUCACAUUUGAGGUUUUAGUACAGUUCUUAACACAAAAGCACAGUUCUACCAAGCAACAGUUAGUUUACCCAAGAGUACUGUAGCCACUGUAAGCACAAAGCAUGCGUAUAUACUGUAUGUUGUACCAACACUGGCUGAAACGUUUUUGGAAAAAUGAUUUGUUGCUAACUUUAUUGUGAAGGCCAUAUUUUAGGGGACACAGUUUGAGGGGGGAUUUCUCAAAGACACUUAAAAUGUUCUUUUCUUCUGUAUCUGAUGUUCUAUGUGCUAUUAGUGUGAUGCAGCCAACAUGAACGGUUGUCUUGUGUUGCACACCCUUUCCAACACUGCGACACGAUCGCCCCAGGGAGAAAAGCACCCAUGCUUGAUAUCGUAUGGUUCAUGACCAAUAUGUUUCCAGUACAGGAAAAAUCCCUGAAGAGGCAAAGGCACUCUCACUUUUGGCCCCCGCCGCACCAGUGGCCAGCCUGAUGAGCGGAGGAGGACUUCUGCCCAUUCCUAGCCCCGCUACACUACAGAAUGUAAAACUCUCACAAAUUAAGGCUGGAAUACACAACAGUGCUGUUCCCCACGUUUUUGCCCAGAACUGCAGUUUGGAGGAGCCAGAGCGUGGUCUCCCUUUAGCUAAUCUGGGGGUCCUGAAGUCUAAUUUGGACACAUCUGUGGCGGCUCUAAAUGCAAUUGCUUCACAGCCUCCGCUAAUGGGAAAUGUAGAUCCCUCUAAAAUUGAUGAGAUCAAGCGGACGGUGUAUGUCGGAAAUUUGAAUUCUCAGAGCACCACAGCAGAGCAGCUCCUCAAGUUCUUCAAGCAAGUGGGAGAUGUUAAGUUUGUUAGAAUGGCAGGAGAUGAAACCCAGCCUACACGUUUUGCUUUUGUGGAGUUUGCUGAUCAGGAAUCAGUAGCACGAGCGCUUACAUUUAAUGGAGUCAUGUUUGGUGACAGACCACUAAAGAUUAACCACUCCAAUAAUGCAAUAGUGAAACCUCCAGAGCUCACACCUCAAGCCGCUGCCAAAGAGCUGGAGGAUGUGAUGAAGAAAGUCAGAGAGGCUCAGUCAACCAUUGCUGCUGCUAUUGAGCCAGAAAAUAAAAACCGUUCAUCCAGUAGAUCUAGGCGUUCCAGAAGGUCCAGAUCUCACUCCCUCUCCCCAUCACACUCACGAAGAAAGCGAUCCAGAUCCAGGCACAGGGGACGCCUGUCCCAAAGAUCAAGACAGAAGGUGAAUGACUCUCGUGGGUCCCAUAAGAGGCGCUCACGUUCUCGAGAAAAGAAACACAGCCGAAGUCGAUCUCAUUCUAGGGACCGAAGGAAGGACAAGGACAGCAAAAUAAAGAAGGAAGGUGACUGGGAAGAAAAGAGGCCACGGGACAAAAAGGGAAGGACGCCUCCUAAAGGCUACAGUGGUUCUAGAUGUUCCCGGAGCAUAAGCAGAGGCCAUAAGAAAAGAAGCAGAUCUCGAUCCAGGUCACCAAAACAGAGAGCCAGGUCACCAUCGCUGUCUAAAAGAGGCAAGAAAGACAAAAAGAAGGAUAAAGGACGGGGCAGUAGCAGGGAAAGGACAGAGAGCUCAAUGUCCAGGAGGAAAAAUAGGCAUUAUGAACAUAAAGCUAAACCAUCACUGAUGGAGAGGUGCUGCGAGCAGGUGGAGCCGGAGUAUGACAGUGACGUGGAUGGGUCGGGUUCUGUAGGUAGUGAAGACGGGUCUCCUCGAGCUCAUCUCAACGGCGGCUAUAGGGGCGCUUACGCAGAGGAGGAUGAUCUCUCUGCAGCUGAGUGAUUCACGUGUACCCAUAAUGCCGAGGACAGAGACGUUGUCUGGAGAGCACAGCUCUCAUGUAUCAUGUAUCACACUAACAGCUUUCACUCCCUUUGAAGUGCUUUCUCUUGCGUCCAUUGCUGUGUGAUUAUAGGCUUCUGAAAACAUUUUGUACUGCUGUGAAUAAGCUACUCGUUAUAUUAUAUUCAUAUGGAUGAAAAUGUAAAGUUUUGGAUAGAUCUUUAUUGUGCUGAGAGAUGUGGAAUAUUUAAUGAAGGUGCUUGUGUUGAGGUCACUUUUUUUUUUUUUUUAUCGGUUUUUGGCAUGUAACUUUGUGUUUACAUUCUUGUGGGAAGAUCUAUUUCAUGCAAUUUUUUUUUCUCUUUUUGGUCCAUCUUACAAGCCAUAAUUAGUAUGAAUCUAGAAAAAAAAAAUUCUCUCCAAAAUCCAAAUAAUAUAUUUUACAUGCAAUAAUGCAUAUUUUAGGGUGGUUUGUUUUUUUGGGGGGGGUUUUUUGACAUUUUAAGUGCAUUUUUCUUAAGACGUCGUUACUGCAUUAUGCAAUGUUUUUUUAUUUAAUUUAUUUUUACUUAACAUUAAAGUGGAAAAGGAGUUGCUUAAUUGUGAUGAAAAUAAUGGCAGAAAUUGAUUUUGGGUUACCUCGGGAUCCACCUACUGUACCUAAAUUUCUAUUUACCGAGUUAAAAAAAACAUAAAUACAUUUAUUACACGUGUGCUAUAACACUCCAGGUGAACUGUGUUGAAACACAGUGCAAGUUAAAAGUGCCUAGACAGAGUUUAUGUGGCAACUAAAUAUUUAUUGACACAAUGUAAAUCAAGUCAAAAAGAGUUAUUUAUCUAGUAUUAUAGGAAUGUCUGUGAAAAUGCAUAGUUUUAUCCUUAUUUUUUAGCAGUAUUUCAUUUGAACCAGUGUAUACAGUCCUACAGUAAUCUUCAUACAAAGUAUUGUUGUGUGUUAUAUAUUCAGAUGUUCAAUAGGUUUUCUAAGAAGCCUUUACUGAUUGAUGAGCACAGUGGUUGCUGUCUCAUUCAGCAUAACUACAAUUUAAGAUUUACGCUUCUGAAUAUUAUUUAUUUUUUAUACAGUCUUUUUUUGUUCAGUCUAAUUUUGUAAGUGGUUAUACAUCAUUUUAUACAGUACUUGUUAGCAGCAGAGCUAAUAUGAAUAAGAAGUAACUUCUUAAUGAUAUUGGUUUGUGUGAUAUUGUGCAUCUCUUUAGACAUACAAGUAAAAAAGAUUUUCCCUAACACAAAAUUUACAUUAAAGAGUUUAUCAACUGCA